AUGAAUGUUGACACGUUGUACAAAGCCUUUAAGGCAGUACUUGCUAGCCGCGAGGUUACUCACCUUCAAGUGGCAACAUCCCUAUGGCAGGUUGAGUGCACAGAGUGUAUGACAGCCUUAAAUCAGGCACUCCACAAGGAGAACAGAGCCCACCUCAAUAUCAAGAAUGAACAGCUGAAGAAGAUCAGAAAUUUCUUUUCUGAGCGCCAUCGCGCAGAAAUUGAUGACAACACAAAUUACCCUCAAGCUGUCUAUGACAAUGAGUGCGAAAUGCUUUACGCCAUCACUACCCAAGCAGACUUGGUCUCAAGAUGCCUGGGUCCAGGUGCCAGGCAUGAAUUACUGGCAUCUACCGGCGAGGGUCCCUACCUACCUCGUUUUUUGUUUUGUAAAGAUCGUGUAAAGUACCCUCAUAUGUACUAUUACAUUAAUUCGCAAUGUGGUCCCCAGCGCAAAAGUAAAGCCAAAGUCCCCAAACCACCACGAGGCUCUGGCCUCAAUCCUUCAGCCCAACAUGGCCAUUCUUACAGGGGCACGCAGAGCACCGGCUUCGAGACCACCCCCCAACAUGGCCAUUCUUACAGUGGCACACAGAGCCCCAGCUUCAACAAUCAAUCCUCCUGGGACUUCUUUCAGAAUCAACCGUCCUUUGAAGCGCCCCCACAGGGCUCAUAUCCCAAUGAACACUACUCAUUCCAGGGUGCUACAGGUAGCACAGCUAGCACGAAUGGCGGGCCCAGCAAGACUCGCAAAGAAACGAGGGAGUCAACAGCCGAUGCCACCAACACCACAGAUGGCUCCCUACCCAACAACCCACCCACAGAUCCCAUCCGCAAUCGAAAGCUCAAUGUCGCAGAUUUCUCUGAUGCCACCAUUAACCAGACGAUGAAGGGCGCGAUGAAACUUGUCACGCGUGAACUAUUUAGCCUGAAUGCGAUGACCAUCAACAAAGCCCUGAAAAAAGCUAUGCUAACAAUGGUUAUUUGGGACUCGUUGCUGCAAUGCUUCGGUCCUAACACAAUGGUCACAAACUUUAUCACCAGUAAACGUCAGGGUGAGGUCACAAACACGUUUACCAUGCCCCCUGUCAUCUAUCGUAAACGAGUGGUUGACAAGAUCGCGAUGGAGGGCAACAGACUCACGUUCAUGCACAUUUACACAUUCGACCAGGACGGUAGAAUCCAAAUCAAGGCAAAAUUCCAGAAUUCGUUUAUAAUGGCCAAUGUCAUUCGAUUUGUUUGGUUCAGCUUGCACCAAGAAUUCCUCAGCAAGACAGAGGAAGAACAACUGGAAAGGAUGAAAUAUAUAUGGGCACUCUCCAGCACUGCUACUUUCUGCAGCUUGGAUGAGCAAUAUGAGAUUCACGUGCAGAUGGAUCCCUUCGGGGGGAUGUCAGGCAACCGGAAGUUUCUCGCUAUUGUGAAAGCGAUGGAUGACUUGAUGGACGACGAGAAGGCAGAAUUUCAUAGGUUUUUGCAGUAUGUGUUGCUGGUUGGACUGACGCAAGCACUGUCCUCGUAG